UCUCCAUUCAUUGUGUCCACAGACAGAGGCAGGGUUUGUCAACCUGACACUCCUUGAUUCACUGUUUUCUAGCCUUCGCCAGCCUUCUGGGCACCACCAACAUCUUUGGCUUUUAUUUUGAAGGCGGCCUUGCAGACCACGUGGUGUUGGUGGGCGUGGCUCUGCCUCUCCGUUCCUUCAACCUGCAGCCAGUCAGUCAGACGGUGAAACGGUCCAGGACGGUUCCGAUGGAGCCCCAGAGGAAGUUGAUCAACUCGGUGGACAGCUGUGUGGACGAGGCCCUCUGCGGCCUGGUCAGGGCCUCCGGGGGCCUCGCUCUGCUGAGGGGUCACAGGGUCGUUCUCCGGUCUGACCCCAGCAACCUGAGGGGCAAAGUGGCCCUGCUGUCCGGUGGGGGGUCGGGCCACGAGCCGGCGCACGGGGGGUACGUCGGUGCAGGGAUGCUGUCUGCGGCUGUAGCUGGAGGAGUGUUUGCUUCCCCGCCUCCUGCCAGCAUCCUGGCUGCCGUACUGGCUCUCCAUGAUGCAGGGGCCUCCGGGGUCCUCCUCAUCGUGAAGAACUACACCGGCGACCGCCUCAACUUCGGGCUGGCCGCCGAGCAGGCCCGCAACCACGGCGUCGCUGUUGACAUGGUGAUAGUGGCCGACGACUGUGCCUUCGACCAGCCCAGCAAGGCGGGCCGGAGAGGCCUGUGCGGCACCGUCCUCAUUCACAAGCUGGCAGGUGCCUUGGCUGAAGAAGGCCGCUCAUUGGACCAGAUUGUUUCUAAGAUGACAGAGGUGUUGAAAGGAAUCGGCACAUUGGGCGUGAGUCUGUCGCCCUGCAGCGUUCCAGGCUGCCGGCCGUCCUUCGACCUGCCGCCCGGGGACAUGGAGCUGGGACUGGGAAUCCACGGUGAACCUGGGAUCAAGCGGUCCAAGGUGGCGUCUGCAGACGAGGUGGUGAAAGCCAUGCUCGAUCACAUGACCAACCCGGCCAGCCAGUCCCAUCUGCCACUGACAACAGGAGACACUGUGGUUUUGUGUGUCAACAACCUCGGAGCUCUGUCCUGUCUGGAGAUGGCUGUGGUCACCAGAGCGGCCAUUAACUCCCUCGAAAACCGUGGCGUGGCGGUUGCCAGGACGAUGUCCGGGUCGUUCAUGACGUCGCUGGAGAUGGCGGGAGUGUCGCUGACUCUGAUGAAGGCCGACCCGGAAACACUGCGACUGUUUGACACAAAGACUGGCGCCCCCGCCUGGCCGAACCUGAGCGCUGCAAGCGUGAGCGGGAGAGACUACGUCACUGACCCCCCGACCUCGAGCACGCCACCUCAGGACAGCAAACACGCGGAAGGGCCGCUGAGUCCCAUCAUGCGUAAAGCGCUGGAGAAGAUUUGUUCCACCCUCCUGGAGAAGCAGGAGGAGCUGAACUCUCUGGACCGGGCCGCCGGGGACGGCGACUGCGGGAACACCCACGCUCAGGCUGCCAGAGCUGUCCGGGAGUGGCUCCAGGGCCACGCCGUGCCCGGCCGCCCCGGGGAAAUGCUGUCGGCGCUGGCCGGGCUGGUCCAGGAGAAGAUGGGCGGGUCUUCAGGAGCGCUGUACAGUUUGUUCCUGACCGCCGCCGCCGGUCACAUGACCGACGGCCGGAGCGACGCUGCAGCCUGGGCCGGUGCAGUGCAUGCUGGGACGCAGGCCAUGAGCAGAUACGGAGGUGCUGAACCUGGAGACAGAACAAUGUUGGACGCUUUGAGUCCUGCAGUAGACGAGCUGAUGAGUCUGAGAGCAGCGCCGCCUGCUGAUCACAUGGCUGUGCUACAAGCUGCUGUGCAGAAAGCCGCCUCGGGGGCGGAGGCCACCCGCAGCCUCACCGCCAGGGCCGGGCGAGCCAGCUACAUCGCCGCCGAGCGGGUCACCCAGCCCGACCCCGGCGCCGUGGCCGUGGCCGCCAUCUUCAGAGCCGUCCUGGAGACGCUGCAGGAGCAGGAGUGACGCCGCAACGAGCUCAUAAACGACGAGCAGUGCUUCAACUGACACAUCAACCCGCACUUUAAUGAGAACAAGACGAAAUGAUCACAUGUAGGAAAAUGAAUCAAUGAGAAAUUCACAUCUUUUGAUAGCAAAUCAGGGGGAAAAGGAAAGGUUUUGUGUUUUUAAUAUGAUUAACUCACAAAGAAACACUGUAAACAUCAUUAUUCAAGCUGUAAUUAUAUAGUGUGUGCAGUAACUGAUCCGAACAGCAGGAGAAGUUUGAGUAACAUUCCAAGUCUGUGCUGAUUAAAUACUGUUGAAUAAAAUAAGAAAUUAUUUAAA